AUGCGUUUGUCAUUUGCAGUUCUUAUAUGCUCCUUGCUGAUUUGGAAAAUGUGCUGUGAACCCAAGGUAAUAUACAAGACGACGAACUUGGAAUGCAGCCCCAAUCCGAAGAUCACUGCUAAUGUCUCGUGCAUCCUGAAGGCCGUCAAUUGGAAUAAAGCCGUUGCCCAGAUGGACAUGUAUUUGGUCGAGCCCGUGAAGAAUAUUACGAUUCAUCUAAAGAUCUUUAAACGCGACUACAGCAAUAAAUAUCAUCCGUUCUUGGUGGAUGUUGUGGUUAAUUUAUGCGACAUUAUUGGCCGAAGAAAUUAUAGCCCCUAUGGGAAAUUUAUUUGGGGUCUGUUCAAGCGUUAUACCAACGUCAAUCACUCGUGCCCAUUUAUGGGCCACAUUUUUGCUCGAGAUUUUUUCGUCGAUGAGAGUGUUGUGCCUAUGAAGCUGCCAUUGGGUCACUACCUACUUGCUUUGACUCCCUUUGAAAACUACAGAGAGAAGCCACCCCAAACUCUGGGUUCGAUUAAGUUAUAUGCCCAGUCCAUGGUUCCAGUUAUGCCGAGACGAAAUAUAACCAAGCCAACGAACAAAACCAACGUCGUAACUACUAUCAAUAUACCCAUACAAAAUGGGAACUAA